UACUAAUCUCUCUAUGUUCAAUGUGCGUUGCUUGACAGGUAUCUAGUUCUGGCUAAUAUGCUGAUGGAGUCGGAGGUUAAUCCAUUUGAUGGUCAAGAAGCAAAGCCGUAUAAAAACGAUCCUGAGAUCUUGGCAAUGACAAAUCUGAUAGCAGCAUAUCAACGAAAUGAGAUACUGGAGUUUGAGAAAAUUCUUAAGAGUAACAGGAGGACAAUUAUGGAUGAUCUGUUCAUCCGAAACUAUAUUGAAGAUCUGUUGAAGAAUGUUAGGACACAAGUGCUGCUUAAACUUAUCAAGCCGUACACUAGAAUUCGGAUUCCCUUCAUAUCAAAGGAACUUAAUGUGCCUGAGAAAGAUGUUGAGCAACUCUUGGUUUCGCUUAUAUUGGAUAACCGAAUCGAUGGACAUAUAGAUCAGGUGAACCGGCUCUUAGAGCGUGGUGACAGGUCAAAGGGAAUGAAGAAAUAUGCUGCUAUAGAUAAAUGGAACACACAGCUAAAGUCUCUUUACCAAACUAUCAGUAACCGAGUAUAUUGAGAAUCGCAUUUAUCGUUUACGAUCUGGAUGGUGCCCAGCUUUCUGUUAUUAUGUCAUGAGUUAGUUGAGCUCCAACUUUUACUCCUUUUGAGAACAAAUGCUGGAUGAGAUGUGAAUAGACGUGAUUUCUGAGCUUUAUAAGCUGGUUUUUAUUGAGUAGUAUAUUAUUAAGUAUGACCAUUUUGUAAGAUUCAAUUGUGUCGAACUGUUUCUAGGCAGGAAGGAGAAGGUAUGUGUUUAAUGGUGCUA